AUGCCUCCCACCGUGACUACUUCGACCAGCAGCGGCACACCAACAGCAAUACCGAUCAUCACCACGCCUACCCCCUCAGACGGCUUCAAUGGCGAAGACUUCAUCAACAACCUCGGCAGCGAUUUGGCGCCUCUUUUGACGCUAUUCGGAGAACAAGUUACCAAGCAAUUUCUUAGCAUGUCGCUUGGCUGGGCCGAUCACAUACUUCUCGCUGUCGGUCCACUGGGAAUAAUCACCACGGUAGUCUCCGCGAUUCGAGUUUCAAACAUCACAGUCUUGAAGGCUAUAAUUGGUCGUGCGCGAGAGAAACUCGCAACAGCAGAGCUGGAACUACUCUCAUCGACAUCAUAUGCAACGUCGGAACUCUGGACUGAUGAAGGGGUCGUGCGUCAAGCGGGCCAUGCUAAGAUCCUCGAGAUGAUUGUGUAUGAACCAAAGUCUACCAAAAAAGUCUCAAGCCAGGAUCAAAUCGAACUCAAAGCUCCUAGCCAGGUUCGCAUCGGCGACCUCAGUGAGGCCUACCACGCAGGAGUUCUUGAAUCGGCGGAUGAAGGCCGUUCGAAUAUGUUCACAGACGUGUUUGGCAGACUGAGCUUCAAAUCGAGGAAACCAUCACAAGUGCUCGCUCGAUCCCGAGUUUCAGAAUUGCAGGCUCGGAUCAGAGAUGAUCCCGUGAGGCUGGCCAUAGAGCCACCGAACCUUGCACUCAAUGUGCACAAGGCCCUUCCAACUAGCUACGAACUAUGGACAUUUGCCAUAGUUGGUGCCGCUCUGCAACUUGUUGCUGUAGCAAUACCUACCGCCAUGACAUAUUACUGGAGAAAACCAAAGGGCAUGAACCCUGUCCAAGACUACGCAUGUCCAACCUUCCUUAUAGGAACAUGCCUACUCGUGCUGAGUAUAGCACUAUGCUCGUAUAUCAUCGAAACAACGACUGUCGAGCGGAGUUUCAUACCGAAAAAUGAUUCUGAUGUGAAGAAGAUCUUCUGGUUGCAACUGCGACAGAAUAUGGGCGACCAGCCCUUCUAUGCAUACAAAUAUACUGGGCUGAGUCUCGAAAACAUGCAAGACCCCGGUACGUCUCAUGGGGCCGGUCAGAAUCGUCCAUGUGGUUACCUUGCCAUCCCGGUAGGCAAGCCGGAAGCCCAUUUCGCUUUUGAGUUGCUUUCUGGCUUCAUGGAUGCGCUCUGGCAGACGGCGAAGCUGAAAUACAAUGCAGAAGCCGAGAACUGGUCUGUGGAGUCCGACGGGCAUGAUAAAGAGGUUGAUGUAGAUGGGAUCGUUGACAUUCUUAUGGGUACUGGGCUGGUGCAUAACGAGAAAGAUGCCCAGGUUUUGGUCUAUUCCUCGCUUGCCCGAUGCACAGUAUGGAAAGACCCACCAGAAAGAGAUGGGUCUACUUCCACGGCCCAUCAGCAUUCCGAUCCGCCCCUAUCUGCGGGCUUCACUACUCAUAACGAGAGCCCACGAAGGAGUCAAUCGAGACCCACCACCGCUGGAACAGCGCAAGCGGAUGAGAAUUUGCAAGACGACGCUGCAACCCCCAGCAAUCCCGAACACCGACCCGUUUCCGCACCAGUCAUACCAAUAUGCAGCGUGUCUGAAGGAUUGGAAGCAGAAGAUAGCUUGAAAGCGGGCGCUAUAGCCUCUGGAGCUUCCGCAUACAAGCCCACUCCUACAGCAAGCACGUCAUCACCUCAUGCCUCAAAAGCUAUACAAUCACCGGAUGACAAGGGCAAACAGGCGGCAAGUUCGCACGUCUCUGUGGAUCAGUAA